UUCCCUUUUGUUGUAAACUUGCCCAUUUUUAUUUGCUUCAGUCAACAUUUGCUAUUUUAAGUUCAUAAAGAUUGGACCUUUGGCUGUUUAUGUGUAUGUUCUCAUUAAUUAGUUUCAGGAAUCAUUUUAUUACCUCAUUAUUAUUAAGUGGGUCUUAGCUCUAGACAUCAAAUCAAAUCUAUUAUUAGUGUUGCAUUUGGCACAUCUGUUAGGUUUCUGGCACAAAUCAACAACACCCUUUUUCUUGCUGGACUUUAUAAUUUUUGCAAGUCCAAAUCAAAGUCAAAUUGAACACAUCUUUUUUGAAAGUUGAGUCUCUAUUGGAAAAAGUUCAGAAUUUCUCCUCUACUUGGUUCUUAAUGUAAAAAGAUUUAAGUAGAGGACCAUGCAAGAAAGUUUUGAUUUUUAUGUAAUUUGAAUUGUGGGAAAGGUCAAUUUGAAAUUUUAUGGAAGAAGAUAACAAAGAACUUCGGUCAUUGGCCUUGACACCAACAUGGUCUGUUGCUUCUGUAUUGACUAUAUUUGUUGCUGUUUCACUCCUUGUCGAGCGAUCCAUUCACCGUUUAUCUAAUUGGUUGAAGAAAACCAAUAGAAAGCCAUUGUUUGCAGCUGUGGAGAAAAUGAAAGAAGAGUUGAUGCUUCUUGGAUUCAUUUCUCUCCUACUCACGGCAACUUCCAGCAUCAUAUCUAGUACUUGCAUACCGUCAAAGUUUUACAAUAAUGUAUUUGCUCCAUGUACAAAGUCUGAAGUUGAUGAAGAAAUGGAGAAUAAAGAUUUGAAGGAGCGUAAACUUUUGAUGGCUUUUACUCUUCAGAGGAGAGUAUUAAAUACCUUCAAUCGAAACACCUGUGGAGCGAAUCACGAACCAUUUGUAUCAUAUGAAGGCCUAGAGCAGCUGCACCGCUUCAUCUUCGUCAUGGCCAUUACUCAUAUAUCUUACAGCUGCUUGACAAUGCUGCUGGCGAUUGUUAAGAUCCACAGUUGGAGGAAGUGGGAAGAUCAAGCUCAAAUGGACAGACAUGAUGUGCUAACUGAAAUUUCUAGAGCCAAGACAUUCCGAAGGCAGUCGACUUUUGUCAGAGUUCACACAUCAAGUCCACUUGCCAGGAAUCAUUUUCUUGUUUGGGUGACAUGUUUCUUUCGGCAGUUUGGCCGCUCAGUUGUUCGUGCCGAUUACCUUACUCUACGCAAGGGUUUUAUCACGAAUCACAACCUUACAUCAAACUAUGAUUUUCACAGCUAUAUGAUUCGCUCCAUGGAAGAAGAAUUUCAAAGAAUAGUUGGUGUAAGUGGCCCUCUGUGGGGAUUCGUGGUGGGUUUUAUGCUGUUCAACGUGAAAGGAUCAAAUCUAUAUUUCUGGAUAGCGUUAAUUCCUGUCAUUCUUGUCCUGCUCGUGGGUACAAAACUGCAGCAUGUAAUCGCAACCUUGGCAUUGGAGAGUGCUGGAUUUACUGGCUCAUUCUCAAGGGCAAAGUUAAAACCACGAGAUGAACUUUUCUGGUUCAAGAAACCAGAAUUACUUUUGUCCUUGAUUCAUUUUGUCCUUUUUCAGAAUGCAUUUGAGCUAGCUUCAUUUUUUUGGUUCUGGUGGCAAUUUGGGUAUAACUCAUGCUUCAUAAAGAAUCACACACUUGUGUAUCUACGACUAAUUAUGGGGUUUGCUGGACAAUUCCUUUGCAGUUAUAGCACCUUGCCACUCUAUGCUCUGGUUACGCAGAUGGGUACAAACUAUAAGGCUGCAUUGAUUCCACAGCGAAUAAGAGAAACGAUCCAUGGAUGGGGAAAGGCAGCAAGAAGGAAAAGGAGGAUGCGCAUGUUCCCAGAUGAUUCAACUGUGCGCACUGAUACAAGCACAGUGAUUUCACUCGAGGAAUACGAUGACCAGUUGGUUGAUAGCCCUCGAACAGUGCACGGUGCAGGUACUGAAAUUGAGCUACAGCCACCGACAAUUGUCACGGAGGAUCAUCAUUCAGUAACAAUUAACGAAACUUCAAGUCGUGUUGGUACUCCUCUCCUUCGGCCCUGUGCCUCUAUUUCUUCCACAGCUUCCCCAAGUUUUCCACCUGAAGUAUUAGCAAGAUCAUUUUCAAUGCCUGCUAGAGGAGAUUUGGGUAAAGAUUAACCCGCCACAGUAAAGUUGGAGAACAACGCAAAAUGGAAUUGGUGUUAUUACAUUUGCAGGUUGUUUAACUUGGCAUAUAACAAUAUACUUGGAAAAUGUUUACAUGUGAAUGUGUAUCAAAGAAAAUCUGCAGGUAGUAAAGGAUAGUUUUUAUAGUUACAAAAAUAUUUGGUCUCAAACGCUUUAUAUACCGCUGUUUCUCUAUGUAAGUUUCCCUUGUAUAAUCAGUUAGACGCAUGGGAUGGCUAGGAAAGAUGGAGCACCUUAAAGCUUGUAUUGCUUAUUUUUUUCCCUUAAAUAGUUAACAAUUCAACUUAUAUACAAUGGCAGUUUAAAGAAUUUUUACAUUUUCAGUGUAUUUUAACCUGUUGCA